AUGGAGGUAUUGGAGCGAGCAUUGAUGGAACUCAUAGUGGUGGCUACAGUGGAUCCAGUCAAGGUGGCAGUUGGAUCAUAUGGUUCCAAAGUAACUCAUACUGGUGGUAUUGGUGCUAGCAUUGGUGGUUCGCAUAAUGGUGGCUACAGUGGAUCCAGCCAUGGUGGCAGUGCCUCUCUUGGCCUAGGUGGACUCUCUGGGUCUAUUGGUGCCAGUGGCAACUCUGGAUCGUAUGGUUCCAAGGGAACUCAUAAUGGAGGUAUUGGAGGCAGUAUUGGUGGCUCGCACAAUGGAGGUUACAGCGGCUCUGUUGGAUCAUCCCACGGCAGUAGUUAUGGAGGUUCUGGCCUCGGACUUAAUUUAGGUGGACUGUCUGCCUCAAUUGGUGGUGGAAAUCAUGGAUCGUCAGGAAGCUAUGGUGGUUCAUCGAGCAACGGUGGUGCUUCCGGAGGUAUAGGAGCCGGUAUUGGUGGUGGUCACAAAGGUGGUUAUGGUUCCGCCAACAAGGGUGGUGUUUCCGGUGGCUUUGGAGCUGGAAUUAGUGGUACUCAUAAAGAUACUGACUUGGCCACCAUUGGAAGCAGUUCCACUUCGACCUCAAGUUCCUCUGUAACCACAAGUACUUCAGGUGUCUCUUCUUCUGCAAACAAAGGAGGCUACUCUGGUGGAAUUGGUGCAGCCCAUACCGGAGCCUACAAGAAGGGUGGUGCAUCUGGAAGCGUUGGCAUAAGUGGUAACAGAGGUAGCUAUGGUUCAGCUAAUAAGGGUGGUGUUUCUGGCAGCAUUGGAGCAGGAAUUGGUGGCGGACAUAAAGGUGGUUUAGCUGGCAGCAUUGGUGGCAGUUCUACCUCAACUUCCUCUGCUAGCGCUACUGUGUCUGGUAGUUCGCACACGGGAGCCUACAACAAAGGUAGUGCUUCCGGAAACAUAGGAGCCGGUAUUGGUGCUGGUAAUAAAGGAAGCUAUGGCUCAGCUAACAAGGCUGGUGUUUCUGGCAAUUUUGGAGCUGGCAUUGGUGGCAGUUCCACCUCAACUUCUUCCGCCAGCGCUACUGUAUCAGGCAGCUCUCAGACAGGAGCCUACAACAAAGGUGGUUCUUCUGGAAGCAUCGGAGGCGGUAUUGGUGGGGGUCAUAAAGAAAGCUAUGGUUCAGCCAACAAGGGCGGUGUUUCUGGCAAUUUUGGAGCUGGCAUUGGUAGCGGACAUAAAGGUUGUGUGGCUGAUAGCAUUGGAGGCAGUUCCACCUCAACUUCUUCCGCCAGCGCUAACCACAUAGAAUUUAUAUGUCAAAAACUAUUUCAACUCCUCCGUAUGUGA